AUGUAUGCUCCGGUUUCAAUUCCCGUUUUAAGAGUCCCAACCAGUUUCUCGGAAGAAGGACAAGCUGAUGCCAAGCCGAAGCCGAAAGACUGGCGUCCAUCAACAUUCUUAUCUUUGGACUUUUCGGUUCACCUUUCGGUGUCUCUAUCAAACGUAACUCCAUAUCGAGCGAUAAGGUUUGACACGGUUGAUACGAAUCAUGACGAUUGCUAUAAUGUCACAACAGGGCGAUUUACUGCACCGCUUAAAGGAUUGUAUGUUUUCUUUGCCACAAUAACUACCACCGAAAGACUUAAAGCAUCGCUAUGUUUUAUUCAUAAGUUCCACCCUGUGGACCAAUCGAGAGUGAAGGAAAGGGAGCAACUAGUAGAAGGGUUUAACAACAAAACUAUAGCUGUGGUGCUGACACUUGAUAAAGAGGACGAUGUUUGGGUUCUAAAUGUUUCCAAGGUGUCAGAUGUCAGCCAAAUGCAAGAACCUUACUACACAUCUUUCUCGGGUGGUUUAGUUGAUAAACUUACUUCAGACUGA